UUCCUCUGCAAAUCCCUUCUUCGUCUUCCUCGUUCGAUUUGAGUUUCAAUAGGGUUUUCAGACAGAUCAGGCGAUGGCUUCAGGUUCAGAGAGAACUCUUCCUUGUCCAGAUUCGAGUAAAAUUACCUCGCCUGCCCUUAAAUUCGAUGCUUUGGAUUUCCCAGCCAUGAAGGCUAUGGAAGAUUUCGAGACUUGUGCGAGAGAACUUGGUGAGAAAAUGCGUGAGGAUCCUGCAUAUAUCCUGGAGCUUAGCAGAUGUAAUCCAGCCGCUAAGUUUGAUCAAGAACAGUUGAGCAACAUGGGGCAAAUGUUUCAGCGCCUUCAGGAUCACGCGCGGCAGGAUCCUCGUGCGUCUUUCGAGAAUCUCGGGAAACCUGGAGCACUGGAGGAAUUUGCUGAGCGUGUUGCCCAAAUUAGAAAAGAUCCUGAAGUUGAACCCAUUCUAGCUGAGUUAGACGCUUGUCCUGCUGCUCUCUUGAAGUUUGUGGAUGACAAACAAGUGUUGAAAAAGCUUGGAAAAUCAAUGCUUAGGUCUCAGGUAAAAGACCUCUCUGUUCGUUUGGCAUUAUUGCUCAACGCUUUUAACUCACUACCCUUCCAACAGGGUCUGAACUAUGAUGAUGAUGAUGAAGAACUUGUCUCUGAGGGAAGAAAAGCCCUCAAGAUUGCUUUUGGGUAUGCCAAGAUGAAAUGCUUCAAAGUUCUUCUGGAUGCUGAAAGGAAAAUGGCCAAUAAGGUUGAGAGGAAAAAGAAGACAACAUCUCAUCAUGCUUCUACAAGUGGAAAGACGAAGCGUUCAAGCCGUCUCUCCAACAAGUGUGAUGCUGUCGCACCAAAAACCUCAGAGAGUCAAAUUCCGACCACUGAGCUGGAUAAUACCAGCUCCAGGUGUUGAAGCUGAUUCAGAUGGACCCUUGCGCUUAAGGGAUGGAUCUAGAGUACUAUUACUAGGAUUUGUUAAUUUCAUUUUUUAAACUGCUUUAUAUUUUUCUUAAAAACUUGACAAUCCUAGAAACUUAUUGGUGGUUAUUUCAUCAAGAGGUAGUGGAUUAGUGAGAAGUA